CCCUAUUAUUUCGUAUUAGCAAUUUAGUGUCGUGCGUGUUUCUGAAAACCAUGGAAUUGUUAGGGAAAAAGUGGAAGUAUAUAAAUGAGGGUAACGUACACAUUGUUCUACAACUAUUGGAGACAGACUACGUCCUCCGCUUAAUAAAAGAGGAUAGACCUUCAAUGGAUUUUACUCAUAUGAAAAUCUGCGUUGAUUUCGUAAACAAAGUGAUGAAUCCACUACUCCAAAAUAAUAACACGGAAGAAGAGACCGUGCAGUUGCCUUCAAACAUACUACACGAUCUAAGUCGACUUUUACAUGAUUUGCGACCACAAAAUCGAAUAUUUAAAUCUGUCAUUAGCCCUCACGCUAUUAAAGCUCCGAAUCUCACCAUCGUCAGUUCUAUGUUUAAAUCAAAUUAUUGUGUUGAAAUAAAACCCAAAGAAGGUUACAUGUGCAGAAGUUUGCAACCAUAUUCUAAAUGUUAUUUCUGUUUGAAACAGUACACAAAAUUACAAUUAAAACAAAUACAGUCUGUGAGCAAUUAUUGCCCAUUAGACUUGUUUUCUGGGAUUAGGUCGAGGAUGAAUCAUGCUAUUAAAUGUUUAGCAGAUAAUCCUCAGAAUAACUUUAAAUUAUUUAAAAAUGGAACCCUUGUCUAUGAUGAAAAAAGUAAGAGAGAAUAUUUGGAUUGUAUUAUAAAAUCUAUUGGAGUUUUUGAUACUACUGAUAUGUUUAUUGACUAUAUAGUUGAUAUCCUACUUGGUAAUAGUUGCGAAUCAACAUUAGUACAUGAAAGUAAGGAUCGAAUCCCAGGAGAAUGUGACGUUACUAACAUUUUAGGAAGUUCAUCUUUUUUGUACAACCUACUGCAAAUUCAAAAACUAACAGAGUCCAUAAUUAUGAAUGAAAUGAAAGAAACGAAUUCAGAUUAUGUCCCGAUAAUUUUAAAGAAGUUAGAAAGUGAAAAACUUGACUUACAAAAACAAAAUGAUAGAGAUAGAUUCUUUAAAGUUCUGAAACCAUUACACACAGCUCUGAUAUCAGCUGUGGCAAAAGAUUGUUCAAUUAUGAUAAGUUUUUCACCAGAGUUUGACGAAUGUUAUCCGUUCAUACAAGUCAAUAAUACUAAAAUAACAUAUAAGGUUUCCGUGACAGAUUUAGAACCAAAAUCGUUAAAAAGUGUUCUGAAAAGAAUGGAAAACGAAAAAGAAAUGAUUGAAAUCUAUAAAGAAUAUUUUGGAAAGAAACAGUAAUUCAACCGCACACAGAAACUAGAACUAAGCAGUUAGAAGCAUGGCAAGGACUGAUUACAGACUAUUUAAAAGCCACAAAACAAUCAACUAUAGAUGUAAGGGAAUCGCAGAAUAGUCCUUUAUUUAAUAAUGGAACAAUAAAUAGGAAAUUAUCGCAGGAGGCAAUAGUAACUGUGCUAGAACACAUGGCUAAAAGUGGAAGAGCAUCACCUUUGGACAAA